GACUAUAUCGAAGAAUAAUUAAACAAAUGGAUAAAUGAAAACAUUCUCUAUAAAUAAAUAAUAAUAAUUAUAAACUGCUGAUUUGUAAUAAGUUACAUAUAUAAAACAAAAAUGUCAACAAUAUGUAUAACUUGUAUCAGUAUCAACAGGAGACUUAUAAAUAUAAAGCGGUUUAAAAGUGAAUUGAGUUUUUUAGGUGUUCGUAUGAGAUUGGGUGAUAGAGUUUGUUGGGAAUGUCAUGCAAUAUUAUGUACUAUAAAAAAAUUCAAAACGCAAGUUAAGAAAUCCCAAAAAAUUCUCUUAAAACAAUGGCCAGAUAUGAUUGGACAAAAUGUUAAGAGUUUAUCAAAUUUAUGUGUAUCCAAGAGGAGCUCUUUUGAUUUUGAAUAUUACUAUUGUGAUAAUGAGGCAAAUGAUAUUAAAUUUAAUUUUAAAAAUCUCAAAGAGAUAAAAAAUGAAAUAAAAGUAAAUGAAACUGUAAAUGCAUUCAAUAAUAGUGAUAAAGAUGGAUCAAACUAUGAUGACAAUGUUCAAUCAAACUAUGGUGAUGCAGUUGGAGCAAAUUGUUAUAUAAACAUUGGUUUAAAUAGAACUAAUAAUAUUGCUCCAAACAAUGAUGUUGAGGCAAAAUGUAGCGAUGGCUUUAAAUCAAACGGGAUUUUUAACGUUGAACAAAAAAGCGUCGAAGUUAGAUCAGGCUGUGGUAAUAACAUUAGAUUAGAAUAUGGAAAUAAUCUUGGCUCCAAGCAAGAUGACGUUAGAUCAAACGGCACUUUUAACGACGUUGGAUUGGAAAACGACCAAGUUGUUGGAUUAAAAUGUUCUCGAAAACAGCAGACAGUUCACCAAUGUGAUAUCUGUGGACGUACCUACAGACUUAGAGCAAGCUUUAUUAACCAUUUGAAAAUACAUCAACCGAAGAAAAGAAAAAGGCAAAAAUGUACAAAGUGUGAUAAAACAUUUGCAGAUGUAAAGAAACAUAUGUAUAACGCGCAUCGAAAAUUAUCUAAGGAGCAGAGAUACUGUGUUGAAUGCAAUAAAUAUUUCAAAACAGACCUAUCCCUUAAAUACCAUCUACAGAACACUAAAAAACACCGACAUCCUGAUAUUCUCAAGUACCCGUGUCCUCACUGUGAUAUGAGAUUUUACAAUAAGUUUUAUCAAACUAUACAUAUCGCCGCCAAACAUCUUGAUACUUUACCGUACGAAUGCGAUCUUUGUGACAAGCGAUUUUCCCGCAAGAGUCUGAUAAAAAGUCAUAUUACAACUGUACAUGAAGGCAUAAAAGCACCCAAGGAUAAAAUUUGUUCUUAUUGCGGUAGAGCAUUUCGGGACAAAAAGGUGUUAAUACAUCAUGUGCGCACACACACAGGGGAGAGGCCGUAUGUGUGUGUAGUGUGUAACGCAGCAUUCGCCCAACGGACUCCAUUGGUUACACACCAAAGGAAGUUGCACUCUGUCAUGAAAGUACAGAAGAAAUAAUAAUGAUAAGAAUAAUAAUCAUCUUUAUUUGUAUCAAACAAAAACUAAUACAAUUGCUGCCCAUACAAUAAUAAAAUUUAAAAGUAAUGAAGCAGAUAAAACGGUCUAUAACUCUGAGGGGACAGUGAGUCCACUCUCUCUGCUAUUCCGUUAUAGCCUUUACCAGUAAAAUAAUACAAUAAGAGAUCGAUAACGACGAUAGGACGUUAAGUUCUAAACUACUACUGACAAAGUAAACAUAAAAAUUGACAAUAAUUUAAAAAGAUUACAAACUAAUAAAAUACUAAAGAUGAUACUAAAAUAUUAAAAUACUGAUGGUGUGCAUCAGUAUUUUAAUAGUUUAGUACUUUUAGUACACAGGGGAGAGGCCGAAUGCUUGUGUAGUGUAUAACGCAGCGUACGCACAACCGACUUCGUUAGUUGCACACCAAAGGAAAUUGCACACUGUCA